CUUGGCUCCCCUUCCCCCUCAAGUACCUCCAAUUGCUUCGACUCUCCCCCCAUCUUCAUCCUCCCUCUCCGCUCCAACCAUGGCCGCCACCCGAUCGGUCGCGAGGCUCGUCGCCUACCGCCGGCCGACCCCCUUCGGCUUGAUGGGCUCAACCGCAAACUUCUCUUCCUCGGCGUCCCGCGCAGCAACCCCAGCGGGUGCCCCCAGGCCGGCUUCCGCCUGCCUGCUCCCAAGCGCUGGGACCAGGACUCCGAGUCCUCGCUGGACAAGGCCAGCAAAUACUUCCUCAUGGCUGAGAUCUUCCGCGGCAUGUACGUGGUGCUGGAGCAGUUUUUCAGACCACCUUACACCAUCUUCUACCCGUUCGAGAAGGGUCCCAUCUCUCCCCGUUUCCGUGGUGAACACGCCCUCCGUCGCUAUCCCACCGGUGAGGAGCGCUGCAUUGCUUGCAAGCUCUGCGAGGCUAUCUGCCCCGCCCAGGCUAUCACCAUUGAGGCUGAGGAGCGUGAGGAUGGAAGCCGCCGGACAACCCGUUACGAUAUUGAUAUGACCAAAUGCAUUUACUGUGGCUACUGCCAGGAGAGUUGCCCUGUGGAUGCCAUCGUUGAGACGUCCAACGCUGAGUACGCCACCGAGACCCGCGAGGAGCUGCUGUACAACAAGGAGAAGCUCCUCGCCAACGGUGACAAGUGGGAGCCCGAGAUUGCCGCUGCUGCCCGUGCGGAUGCUCCCUACCGAUAAUUCAAUCGCCUCGAUUUUCAUCUGAUUGGCAUGUCGAUCCUUGUUCACGCACAUUUUCCUUAGAGAGUGGAUUAGUGCGGACAGGGAGAUGCCAGUCGCAAUACCCAUUGAAGAAGCGCGAGUUUUCGUGCCUCGAAAAUACGAAGGAAUCCUUUCCCUCUUUUUCUGAACCCCAUCAUACACACUGUACAUAAAUGCCCUCGAUCUGUGUUCUCAUCUUGUACCAGUCAAUUCCUCAAGAAAUAUCUUUCCAGUGAAUCUUGACUCCUUGUCUCUUUAUUUCCUGUGUUUUGGAAUCCAGCAGGUUUCUUUGAUUUGGUUGAGAUCGUAUUUAAAAUAUAAAUUUGGUCAAUCCCGUCUCAUUAUCAGAUCUCACAUCUCAUAACAGAACACAUUUCCGUCACCAACGAUAUCUACAUCUACCUCAACU